UGUAAAUAUUUGUUUCCUCAAGUCUAACAAUGUAAUGCACAACAAAGAUAUUAUAGCUAGAUUAUUCAUGUGGGACCAAUUAAUCCAACUUUGUUUAGUCAAACCACAUCCCCUGCACUCUAGGGCUCUACGAGAUAUAUCCCUCCAUGGGUCUAUGGUUGCCGUUAAGGUUCUAAAUCUCCAACAACAAGGUGCUUCGAAGAGUACUGUUGAUGAAUGUAAUGCUCUCUCAAACAUACGACACCGAAAUCUCCUCAAAAUCAUAACUUCCUGCUCAAGUAUUGAUGGACAAGGUGAUGAAUUUAAAGCUCUAGUCUUUAAUUUCAUGUCCAAUGGAAAUCUUGAUAGCUGGCUUCAUUCAACAAAUCAAGGAACCAAUCAAAGAAGAUUGAGUCUCAUCCAAAGAUUGAACAUUGCUAUUGACAUUGCAUGUGGAUUAGACUAUCUCCAUAAUCAUUGUGAAACUCCAAUCAUUCAUUGUGAUAUAAAGCCAAGCAAUGUAUUGCUUGAUGAUGAUAUGGUAGCUCAUGUUGGAGACUUUGGGUUAGCUAGACUCAUGUUGGAAGAAUCAAAUGAUCAAAUAUCUUUCAGUCAAACCAUGUCACUUGCACUCAAGGGUUCUGUAGGAUACAUCCCUCCAGAGUAUGGAAGCGGUAGCAGAAUUUCUAUCGAAGGGGAUGUCUUCAGCUACGGGAUAUUGUUGUUAGAGAUGAUCAUCGGAAAAAGGCCAAUUGACGACACAUUUGAUGAUGGUGUGGAUAUUCUUUUUACUGCAGAAGCGCUAGCUCGUGAUGCUUUGGACAUAAUCGAUCCUUCUAUAGUAUUUGAAGAAACACGUGGGGAAGAAGAGACUGGAGAUGAAAUACAGGAAAUAGAAAUAAUGAGAGAGCAAGAUCUUAAAUAAAUAGUACCAAUAUGGAUGGAGGAAUGUCUAGUCUCAAUAAUGGGAAUUGGUUUGUCAUGCUCCUUGAGGGCACCGAGAGAGAGAAAGCCAAUGAAAGUUGUCGUUAAUGAGUUGGAAGCAAUUAAAAGCUCAUACCUCAAGUUUAAGAAGGCACGUCGAAGGUUUCAUAGGCAUUUGUAUCACCCACAUUCUGAUGCUUCUAGCAAGUACUUCAAAAUGCAAAUCCAUAGUUUGAAUGCACGUACGAUUGAAAUUGCUUGUAAGAAUAAACUUCAUAGGUGGAAACUUAAACAUCACAAAAGUCAAAGCUGCCAUAUAGCCGACGAUACCAUUUGCUUAUAUGUAAACUGCUCAUAUUACGUAUUGUUCAUCACAAAUCCAGCAUUUCUUAGCUGCAGGAUGGGACGCAAUUUAUGCAAUAGCAACAAAAUUUUUAGCAUACUUUUGUACCAUAUAUUUCUCAUAUCUGUGAGCUCCACUUCCGCAAAUGAACCAGAUCGAUUGGCUCUUCUUGACUUGAAAAGCAGAGUACUCAAAGACCCACUUGGAAUCCUGAGCUCUUGGAACGAUUCCGCACAUUUUUGCGAUUGGAUUGGUGUUGCUUGCAAUUCCACCAGCAGAAGAGUAGUAGCUUUGAACUUGGAAUCUCAAAAACUAACUGGUUCGAUACCGCCUUCUUUGGGGAAUAUGACGUAUCUCACUAAAAUCAAUUUGGGAGACAACAAUUUUCAUGGUCAUAUUCCCCAGGCGUUUGGUAAGCUACUACAACUGCGCCUUCUUAAUUUGUCCUUGAAUCAAUUUACUGGUGAGAUUCCGACAAAUAUAAGUCAUUGCACUCAGCUUGUUUUUCUCCAGUUUGGUGGGAAUAGGUUUGAAGGUCAGAUUCCACAUCAGUUCUUCACUUUAACCAAGUUGGAAGGUCUUGGAUUUGGCAUUAACAAUCUCACUGGAAGAAUCCCACCGUGGAUAGGAAAUUUUACUUCGAUAUUAGGUAUGUCAUUCGGGUACAACAAUUUUCAAGGAAAUAUUCCUAGUGAAAUAGGACGCCUAUCUAGAUUGAAAAGACUUGUAGUUGUUUCUAAUAAUUUGACAGGUCCAGUGUGGCCUUCAAUCUGUAAUAUAACUUCUCUAACUUACUUGUCUCUUGCUGACAACCAAUUGCAAGGAACUCUACCACCUAAUAUUGGAUUUACUCUUCCUAAUCUUCAAGCCUUAGGCGGUGGAGUCAAUAAUUUCCAUGGGCCUAUUCCAAAGUCUUUGGCUAAUAUUUCCGGACUUCAAAUCUUAGAUUUUCCUCAGAACAAACUUGUUGGAAUGCUACCUGAUGACAUGGGGAGAUUAAAAUACUUGGAGCAUCUAAAUUUUGCAUCUAAUAGACUUGGAAGAGGAAAAGUUGGUGACUUAAAUUUUAUUAGUUACUUGGCUAAUUGUACAAGCCUAAGGAUUUUAAGUUUGAGUUCGAACCAUUUUGGAGGAGUAUUGCCUUCGUCUAUUGGCAACCUUUCAACCCAGAUGAGAAGUCUAGUUUUAGGUCAAAAUAUGUUAAGUGGAAGCAUUCCUACAGGGAUUGGAAACUUGAUUAACUUACAACGCCUAGCAAUGGAAGUUAACUUUUUGAAUGGCAGUAUUCCUCCCAAUAUAGGAAAGCUUAAAAACUUGGAGGUUUUGUACUUGAAUUAUAAUGAAUUAAGUGGGCCAGUCCCUUCCUCUAUUGCUAACUUAUCUUCACUAACCAAGCUCUACAUGAGUCACAACAAACUUAAGGAAAGUAUUCCAGCCGGCUUAGGACAAUGUGAAAGCCUCUUAACUCUUGAGCUAUCUAGUAACAACCUAAGCGGCACCAUACCGAAGGAAAUACUUUAUCUCUCUUCCCUUUCGAUGUCUUUAGCCUUGGAUCAUAACUCUUUUACUGGUCCAUUGCCCCAUGAAGUGGGGUUGUUGGUUCGUUUAUCAAAACUAGACGUAUCAGAAAACCAAUUAUCAGGUGAUAUUCCUACCAACCUCGAAAACUGUAUUAGAAUGGAACGUUUGAAUCUUGGGGGUAACCAAUUUGAGGGAACAAUUCCUGAAUCUUUAGGAGCUUUGAAAGGAAUAGAAGAAUUGAAUCUCUCCAGCAACAACUUGUCUGGGAAAAUUCCUCAAUUUCUUGGCAAGCUUGGCUCACUCAAGUAUCUCAACCUAUCCUAUAAUAACUUUGAGGGACAAGUGCCAAAAGAAGGUGUUUUCUCCAAUUCAACUAUGAUUUCAGUCAUUGGGAAUAACAAUCUAUGUGGCGGUUUACCAGAAUUACAUUUACCUCCAUGCAAGUAUGAUCGAACAUAUUCCCGUAAGAAGUUUAUGGCACCAAGGGUGUUAAUCCCCAUUGCAUCUACAGUCACCUUCCUUGUUAUUUUGGUAAGCAUCAUUUUUGUGUGUUUUGUGCUUAGAAAAUCGAAGAAGGAUGCUUCAACUAAUUCAUCUUCCACGAAGGAGUUUCUACCACAAAUUUCUUACCUGGAACUUAGUAAAUCAACUAACGGGUUCUCUAAGGAAAAUUUCAUUGGUUCGGGUAGUUUUGGCUCUGUGUAUAAAGGUAUUCUUUCGAGUGAUGGGUCUAUUGUUGCCAUUAAGGUUCUAAAUCUCCAACACCAAGGAGCUUCUAAAAGUUUUGUUGAUGAAUGCAAUGCCCUCUCAAACAUACGACAUCGAAAUCUCCUCAAGAUCAUAACUUCUUGCUCAAGCAUUGAUGUACAAGGGAAUGAAUUUAAAGCUUUAAUCUUUAAUUUCAUGUCCAAUGGAAAUCUUGAUUGUUUGCUUCAUCCCACAAACAAACAGAACAAUCAAAGAAGGUUAAGCCUCAUCCAGAGAUUGAACAUUGCUAUUGACAUCGCAUAUGGAUUAGACUAUCUCCAUAAUCAUUGUGAACCUCCAAUUGCUCAUUGUGAUCUAAAGCCUAGCAAUAUAUUGCUCGACGACGAUAUGGUAGCUCAUGUAGGAGACUUUGGGUUAGCUAGAUUCAUGUUGGAAGGGUCAAAUGAUCAAACAUCUUUAAGUCAAACCAUGUCACUUGCACUCAAGGGUUCUAUCGGAUAUAUCCCUCCAGAAUACGGCACAGGUGGAAGAAUUUCCACUGAAGGGGAUGUAUUUAGUUACGGAAUACUACUAUUAGAGAUGAUCAUUGGAAAAAGACCUACCGAUGAGAAGUUCGGCGACAGUGUGGAUAUUCAUUUGUUUACUGAAAUGGCCUUAUCUCAAGGGGUCAUAAAUAUAGUUGACCCUUCUCUCCUAUAUGAAGAAACAGGAGAAACAAAUCAGGAAGGAAAGAGUGAAGAUAAAACACAAGAAAUAGCAGUGAUGAGUGAGGAAGAUCAUAAAGGAUUUGUGCUAAGUUGGAUGGAAGAAUGUAUAAUCUCAAUCUUGAGAAUCGGCUUGUCAUGCUCCUUAAGGAUGCCUAGAGAGAGAAAGCCAAUAAAUGUUGUCAUUAAUGAAUUACAAACAAUUAAAAGCUCCUACCUCAAGUUUAAGAAGAGAUGGAGGAUACCGUAGAGAUUUGUUUCACCAAGCUUGAGAAACAAGUGACUGAAAAUUUCCUCUAGCGAUAGGUUCCUUUAGAAAAUCUACCUUCAAAACAACCUUGUCGACUAUUUCCAAUAGAUGGUCCAUUGUUCCUCAAUUAUAAUAUAAGACAAACUUUUUCCCUUUUGGUUCUCAAUUAAUGAGAUUAUUUCUUAGAAUCUCAGCAUUUGAUACAGCUACCUAAGCAAACCAAAUGCAAGGCCAGUUCAAAGUUUAAUGCCAUGAUGAAUAUGUAUGAUUAGUUACGGUUAGAUUUCUUUGAUAAGCUCUUAGAUGAAUGAACGGUGAUGUAAUAUUUUUGUUACUUGACCAUGUGACCUUAAUUUGCAAUAUUUAAGGAAUUUAAGUAGUUUAAGUGUCAAAA